AUGACAUCUGGAGGGAGCAAUAAUACUACUACUACCACUUCUCCUCAUCCAACGGAUGACAAGCCUGUUACUGCAGCAACUACAACACCACAGCAACAGCAACAGCAACCCACCACUGUUCCAGUACAACAACAACCACCAUCAGGGGCUAUUCCUUUCAAUGGAGUCAUGACACCGACAUCACCACCCUAUCCACCUUAUGUCACCUACAUUGACCCUGAGCAUGUGGAUGAAGCGGGUGGGUAUACUUAUGUGUACCCCAUGAGCCCACAGUUCUCUGUGCAGUAUUAUCAAGACUUGAAUGGGUAUCAAAGUUAUCCAGGUUCGCCUGCAUUACAUCCACAGUCGCCGCCUGUCAACCCCACCAGUCCGCCAUUCAGCCCUACCUUCCAACCUACUGGUGCUGCUCCUGGUACUUCAAUCACUUUAUCACCACCUACACAUGCCUUUGUUCUACCAUCGCAUCAUCAUCAUCAAUUCCCUCCGUUGCACAUUCCUUCUCCCGUGUUGACAGGCACCAAUCAUCCCCAUCAUCCACCCGGUUCGCCACCUCAAUUCAUUCAACCUCUACCCACAUUAUCCGCUGAUCAGCGUCAAAAACAAGCUCAAGAUCAUUUCCAUACGCAUAACGUUUAUGUACGUGGUUUGGCGGCAACUACAACAGAUGAUUCGUUCUUGGAGCUUUGCAGCGUAUAUGGCAAGAUUACAUCAAGCAAAGCUAUCAUCGAUCAAAAAACGGGUGAAUGCAAAGGAUACGGUUUUGCUAUGUAUGAAUCUGAAAAAGAGUGUCAACAUGCCAUUGAUGGAUUGAACAAAGCUGGAUUGCAGGCAUCAUUUGCCAGAGUGGGUCAGGAAUCGUUUAGCUCCCGAUUGAGAAGUCUCCAAGAUGAAACAUCAACCAACAUUUAUAUUUCAAAUCUACCUUUGGAUAUGACUGAACAGAAAUUAGAAGACUUGUUCCAACCCCACAAGACCAUUUCCAAUCGUAUCUUGAGAGAUCCACAAUCAGGAAUAAGCCGUGGUGUUGGAUUUGCCAGAUUGGCGGAUCGUCAUUCAGCAUUGACUAUUAUUGAAAAGUUCAACGGCCAUGCGAUUGAUGGAUCUUCAGCACCUUUGCAAGUGAGAUUUGCAGAUUCGCCUGCCCAAAAGAGACUCAAGAGCCAAACAGCACGUAAACGAAUACUCCGACCACGAGAAUUUCAACCCAUGGCUAGUUUCCCUGUACGAUCCAUGAUGCCAGUGACACCAGAGACCAUGCUUGGUAUUGCACCUGCCAGUGCUACUGCUGCCGGUGUAGCUACAACGGCUGCUCCACAACCUGCCUACACAUACUAUCCUCAUGAUCCGCAUCAUCCUCAAUACAUUCAUUAUCCUGCAACGUUAAUGACGACACCUAUGCCUAUGCAUGCAGCUACGGCUACAGCAGCUUCGCCACAUACAGCGCCACAGCAACAACAACAACCACAACCACAGCCGCAAGAUACUACUGCUUUGGCAUCUCCACCACCCACCACAGAUGAUAAGGAACUCAAGGAAUUGACUGCAGCUGUAGAACAAAAAUUGGACUUGACUAAACAAUAG